GCAGCUGUCAUUGAAACUUGAACAAUUGCGAAAAGAUCAUACCAUUCUCCGUUUCUGUCUGCAUCUUAUCAUCUCAAUCGAAAGUGAAGUUCUUCUCACAAAAUUGUUAUUUUUUUUUCGUAUUAUUGAAAAAUAUUAAUUAGAAACAGAAAUGGAGUUAGUUAUCGACUGUUACUUCGACAAAUUGUUCGCCGAAAUGGAGAGAAAUUGCCUCGUGUCGCGUCACAAACGACGUCAACUUGUCAAAUUUUUUUCCGACGUUAUAAAUAGUUGUGCCGAAGCGGAGAACAUAAGGAAGGACGACGUGUGUGAGAGGAUCGUACAAUCGGCAUUACGCUAUCAUAACAUAUCGAUGUCUGAUAACGGAUCGGUAUGUUUGUUGGGUAAAUUUCACAACGUGUUGUACGUCGCGGCAAAAUUGUGCUUUGAUUGGAAUUUGAGUAACAACGAGAUAGUAAGUCGAUUGUUGAACGACAUUUUUUAUUGCGAGAAAACGUUCGAGAGAAUUUUUGUCGGUGCUAUAUUUGGUACGCGAGUUACUCAUUUUUUGUCAGGCUGGAAGAGCGAUUUUGAUGAUCGCGACGAGAAUAUAAAAGCUCUGAUUUAUUUCAUGGAUCAUGCGAUUGCCGCGAAACUGCAAUAUCGAACAGAAAGUUGGAGCUCGAAAAGGCGAUUUAUCGAUGUACCGAUGGAAUCUUACGGACAAGUUUUGCCUCUUAGAGUCGCUAUACAACACGGUUCGCCGGAUAUUCUUCAAGUUAUGUUGCGUUACGGAGCUUCCACGGAAUCUGAAAAAUUCUCACCGUCGCCCAUCGAAAUUUUAUUGACGCGACUGAACGAAUAUGAGAUGGAAAAAGUUGACGGAGGUAAUCGACGGAUCAACGAAAUCCCCGAUAAUUUGAUCAAGUGCCUGAAAUUAGUGCUACGAACGGUGCCAAACGCAAGUGUCAAAACUCCUACCCACAUUGCUGAAAAAUUUGGCCUCGAGACUGUACCGUUGUACGAACACUAUCCAAAUUUGGUCGAGAGAAAGCUCGUACCACCCGAUAGAAGCGGAUUACGGCCACCCGAAUUAACGCAUCUAUGUAGGUGCCGAAUACGGCGCAGUCUCUUCCUCAAUUGGGCCCUGCCUCACGGUAUCAAAACACUCCACAUACCGGAUACCCUUCGAGACUAUCUCGAUCUAAAAUAUGACUGACUGAAUUUGAAACAAUCGACGCUCACCAAACUAUACUUUCAACUUCGAUGCUAGCAAUUACACUAAAAAUCUAUUGAGAUUAUAAUAAAUCAAAGAAGAAAAUAACUAAAUAAA